AUGACGGACAACGCGUCUCUUGCAGCGCAGCUGGCGCUCAUCAUGGAGCAUAUGAACAACUUCACGGUUGAAGUCAAGAACCUUGCCGCAGAAACCAGAGCUCUUAAAGAAGAAUCCCAAGCACUUAAAGAAGAAUCCAGGAGCCAAAAAACUUCUAUUGAUGCAUUGACUGCAGCUCAUGGACAACCUAGAAAACAAAACGUGGUCAAAUUCACAACUGCAGAUCUCUCCGAUGUGGAAAUAAUGCAUCAAACAAAGGGGCAAAAAGUGGUUACGUCUCCAGAAGCAGGAGCCACAAGUCACACGCCAGCCGUAUCUCAAUUGUUACACGGAGGAGAAGCUAAGAUAAGGGAAGAGCCAACUUCUCCAUUCUCUGGUGGACCAUGGCCCCAAGGGCCGGUGGGCAAGGAGCGAGGAACUCGUCACGCAGACGGUCGUGGUGACUGGAGACUGACACAAAUAGGAAACACCAUCUACGAUCAUCAACAAGCUUCUUCUCAUGGUGAUUUUCGGGUGACAGAAGAAAGAACAAGGAAAAAGGGUUAUGAUACUCAUCGUGAAAGGGGUCUCAGUCCAGAAAGUCGUGGUUUUUCUACUGCAAAGAUGGAGUUUCCACCUUAUGAUGCUACUGGCAAACUGAGUUGGGUGGAGUUCAAAAGGAUUUGCAAAAGCCGUUUUGGCAAAGCUGAUUCUGUUAAUCCAGUGGGCGAAUUAUCUAACCUUCGACAUACUGGAACCGUUAAUGAGUAUUGUAAACAGUUUGAGAUAUGUCUGGGAAGGCAAACACGACUCACAGGAGAGCAACAAUUGUGGCAGUUCUGUGCUGGUUUGACUGACAGUCUGAGAAAAGAAGUGCAGUACCUCAGACCCGAAACGAUCUUUGCCGCAAUGGAGUAUGCGCGUGACAACGAGUACAAGAUAGAUAACGACAAACGUACUCGUACAUUUGGGGGACAUCUGGCCCAACCAACAAAAACCUUUGGAGGAGGUUUUAACCGUGGACAGGACGCAAGACCUCGCAUUUCAGGGCAAAAACAGAAGCCAUCACUGGUUUGGAAAAAACUAACUGCUGCAGAGAUAGCAGAGCGAAAGGCUAAAGGGCUCUGUUUUAACUGUGAUGACUCUUAUACACCAGGUCAUACUUGCAAUCCAGUUCUGUUCCAUGUUCGGCUCGUUUCUGAAGGCGAAAAUCAAGACGACGAACCUUACGAAGAGGAGGAGCUCGAAAUCUCAUUGAAUGCAAUGAACGGGGAACAGAAUGAGAAGACUUUUCAGGUGAGAGCUGUUAUUUCUACUGGGGAAGGAUGGGUACUGCUGGAUACAGGAAGUACCCAUAAUUUUAUCAAGAGCAGUAUGGUGGAACGACUAGACCUUCAUAUGAUUAAAAGAUCAGGUCGAGUGGUUUGGGAUGGUCCAAGCAGGACAAUUGAAUUUCAAAAAGGACCAGAAACUGUGGUAUGGCAUGGAGAAGCAGAGGUUAGAGAAAGCAGUCAAGCCUCCUUACAUGCUAUCAGCAACACCAAUGAAUCUCUAGAACAAUGGUUUUCAGAAGAAGAGGAAGAAGUCUUUACCACACCAGGGGUUGUUCUUCCUCUAUCUAACGGACAAGCAAAACAACAACUUUGGUCAAUCACUUCUGAUCUUGCGCCAGAUUCACUUGCUGAGAUUUUAAAGAGGUUUGCAGAGGUAUUUGAAAAACCGGUGGGACUUCCUCCACAACAAGAUUGUGAUCACAAAAUUCGGUUAUUACAAGGAUCAAACCCCGUGGCAGUGCGGCCUUAUCGCUAUCCCCACUUGUUGAAAGAUGAGAUAGAAAGACAAUGUAGAGAGAUGCUUCGCAACGGCAUUAUCCGACCAAGCAGCUCUCCAUUCUCUUCCCCAGUGUUGUUGGUCAAAAAGCCAGAUAACACAUGGCGUUUUUGCAUAGAUUAUCGAAGUCUAAAUAAAAUCACCAUCAAAGACAAGUUUCCAAUACCGGUAGUUGACGAGCUGCUUGAUGAGCUACACGGAGCUCGCUUUUUUACAAAAUUAGAUCUUGCAUCAGGCUACCAUCAAAUCAGGAUGCAUCAAGAAGAUGUGGAGAAAACUGCUUUCCGAACACAUCAGGGGCACUAUGAGUUCCUAGUUAUGCCUUUUGGCCUUGCAAAUGCACCUUCAACUUUCCAAGGGCUCAUGAAUUCGGUGUUUCUCAAGUUAUUACGGAAGUUCGUAUUAGUGUUUUUUGAUGAUAUCUUGAUCUAUAGCCGAACGUGGGAGGAACAUCUUCAACAUGUGGAAAGUGUUAUGGAGCUACUGAAGGCAAAUGGGCUGCUGCUUAAACAGGCCAAGUGCUCGUUUGGAAAACAAGAAGUUGGUUAUUUGGGUCAUGUAAUUUCCAGAGAAGGAGUGAAGGUUGAUCUCGCAAAGAUAGAAGCUAUAAUGAAGUGGCCACAGCCUGCAUCCGUCAAAGCUGUUCAUGGAUUUCUCGGUCUUUCAGGGGAUUAUCGAAAAUUUAUUCAAGACUAUGGAGCUGUUGCAGCUCCGUUGACGCAACUCUUGAAGAAAACUGGGUUUCAAUGGAACGAAGAGGCUAAUAAAGCUUUCAUAACGUUGAAAAGAUCAUUGUCGGAGUCACCGGUCUUAGCUCUUCCUGAUUUCUCAAGGGAUUUCAUUGUUGAGUGUGACGCCUCGGGAAGCGGCAUUGGCGCAAUGCUACAACAGCAAGACCAUCCAAUCGCGUUUUUUAGUCGCAAGCUGGCAGAAAGACAUCACAAGUUAGCCGCUUAUGAAAGAGAAUUGAUUGGUCUAGCUAAAGCCGUCAUACAUUGGAGACCUUAUUUAUGGGGUCGACGUUUUCUCAUCCGUACAGAUCACUAUAGCCUCAAAUUUCUUCUUGAGCAGCGGCUUUCAACGUCUCCUCAGAUUCAUUGGAUUAGUAAGCUUCUUGGAUAUGAUUUUGAGGUUGAGUAUCGCUCUGGUAAGACAAAUAAGGUGGCAGAUGCCUUGUCUAGAAGGAGUGAUUCGAAUGAAGAAGAAGCUUAUGACAUACAUGCCUUAAAUCGUUCAGACAAAGGAAUUCUUGCACGGCUUCGUCUUGAGAUCAAUAAUGAUCACAACCUCAGCGAAUUAAGAGACAAAAUAAUUCGUGGUGAAGAAUCGUCAAUUUGGGAGGCUCGUGAUGGACUGAUUUUUCGCAACGGCCAGGCUUAUAUUGAUGCACAAUCUUCCUUAGUUCAAGAAGUAGUUGCUGGAUUCCACAACUUUGGGCAUGAAGGUGUGCAGAAAACAAUGGAAAUGAUCCGGCGUGAUUUUUAUUGGACAGGCUGGAAACAAACAGUUAAAGAUUUCAUCGCCAAUUGCCAGGUUUGUCAGAAAAACAAAUGGGAGACUCUCCAACCAGCUGGAUUAAUGCAACCACUGACAGUACCAACUAGAAUUUGGGCUGACAUUUCGAUGGAUUUUGUUGAAGCCUUGCCAAAAGUCUCAGGAAAAACAGUUAUUCUUGUCGUGGUUGACAGAUUCUCCAAGCUGCUCGGUACUAACUUGUGUUUCACUACAGCAUAUAGACCUCAGUCUGAUGGGCAAACAGAAGUUGUUAACAGAACUCUUGAGAUGUAUCUACGAUGUGUUACAGGGGAUGCACCGCGUAAAUGGCUCACAUGGCUUCCAUGGGUGGAAUAUUGUUAUAACACAUCCUUUCACACAAGUCUCAAGACAACACCAUUUCGACUUGUUUAUGGCAGAGACCCACCUCGUCUUCUUGAUUAUACGGCAGGGAGUUCUCAGUUGGAUGAAGUUGAUGUGGCUUUGGAACAACGGGAUGAGUUCCUAGAGAUGGCAAGAGAAAGGUUACUUGAAGCUCAACAACGAAUGAAAGCUGUUUAUGACAACCAUCAUCGUUCACUUGAGUUCAACAAAGGCGAUUUGGUUUGGUUAAAGAUUCAGCCAUACAGACAGUUAACUAUAGCUCGAAAAGCCUUCACCAAACUCUCUCCGAAAUUUUAUGGACCAUUUGAAGUACUAGCUCGAAUUGGCACAGUUUCAUAUUGGUUGCAGCUUCCUGAAGGGUCUAGGAUAUAUGACGUUUUUCAUGUCUCCCUGCUCAAACCACAUAGAGGUGAACCACCAACAAGCUGUCCUGUUUUACCACCAGUUUUGCAGGGACGUGUGGUACCAGCUAAACCAGUCAAGCUUCUGCGUGCUAGACAACAAGGGAAGACAAGACAAGUCCUAGCUCAAUGGACAGAUGCCGUGGACACAUGUACUUGGGAGGAUGCAAAGAAGCUGAUCGAGGCAUAUCCGGAAUUGGAGCUUGAGGACAAGCUCCUAGUCGAGGAGGGGAGUAAUGAUACACGCUAUGGUAUCAUGUACCGUAGACAGAAACAUUAA